AUGGCUGCUAGUAGUCAACAUGUUCUUGAUCUGAAUGAGCAGUAUGCUCAGAUCAGUUUGGAUGAUGAGGAAGAGGGGAUUCUCAUUGGAGGAGAGGAGGAAGGAGAGGAGUUUGCUUUUGAUGAUCGGUGGUGUUUGGUGGGAAAGUUUCUCACGGGUAGGACACUGGAUUUUGAUCCAAUGAGGCAUAUAAUGGCUUCGUUGUGGCAACCGGGAAAGGGUGUGUAUAUCAGAGAAUUGGAUACCAAUAGAUAUCUUUUUCAAUUCUAUCAUGAAUUGGAUGUUCAAUCGGUCGUGGAUGGGAGCCCCUGGACGUUUAACAAAUGUCCUCUUGUUUUCCAUCGUUUGAGGAAGGGAGAGGACCCGAAGGUAGUGCAUUUACACAAAAUGGAUUUUUGGGUUCAGCUUCACGAUCUAAAGUCUGGUUUUAUGUUAGAGAGGGUGGUCAAGAGUGCUGGUGAAUAUAUUGGUGGAUAUGCCAAGUCUGACCCAAAGAACUUCAAUGGAAUAUGGAGAGAUUAUCUCCAGGUGAGAGCAACCAUUGAUGUUAAUAAACCAUUAAAACAGAGAAUGAAGCUUUGCAAGGAAAAUGGCGCAGAUGAAAAAAAAAAGAAUUACUUGAUCGGAGCACAGUGGUUACAGACGAGGAAUGAGGCUAGCGGAGCUGUCGGGGGAGGUGGUGUUUCACGAGCUUCUGGUGCCGGAUGUGAAGCGUCUUACUCGCCUAAAAUUAUGGAAGUUGAUCGUCAUGAUGAUGAAGACAAUCACGAUCCCAUGAUUUUAGGAAAGAAUCAAGAUGAUGUCAUUAAAGAUGGAGGAGUGGAUCAUGGACAGGAUAUUGGGGAGGGUCAAAGCCAAAUCAAAGGAGGUAAUGUAGCUGAUUUAAAUGAGGAUGAUUUGCUUCUUAUCAUUGAUCAUAAGAGAAGACGUAUGGGGAAAGAAAAGGUGGCAAUCAGUGGGGAUAAGGCUCAAUCAAAGGUGGAUAAUGAAGUGGAUUGUUAUGUUGAUGUUGCUGGAUCAAAAAACGGAUCACAGGUGGGCCUUGGUUCUCAGGCCCACCCAUCAUUAUGA